GCGCAGCCUGGGCUCAGCCGCCUGGGCUCAGCCGCCUGGGCCUGAGCGCGGGCGCCGGAGCCCAGCCGUGGGGAUGCUUCGGACUCCCGAGCCACGGCCGGGGGAGGCGGGGGUGGCUAGCUGCAGCCACCGGGCCGCGCCGCCCACCCAGUCCAAGCCGCUCACCUCCUUCCUUAUCCAGGACAUCCUGCGGGACGGCGCUGAUCCGCGCGGAGGUCACGCGGGCAGCCCGCAGUCCCCGCGCCAGCCCGACCCGGGGCGAGGCCCUGAGCCGGAGCCCGAGGGAGGAAGAGGCGGCGCCGGGGCGCCGGAGGACCAGCCAAGCGCCCGGCCCCGCGUCGGGCGCGGGGAGGCCGAGCAGGCAGCGGAGACCGAGCCAGAUAGGCACUUUGAGACUUAUCUGCUGGACUGUGAAAACACUCCGGGCAUCUUACCCAGCCCACCUCCAGCCCCCAAGCAGCCACAGAAGCGCUCCCGUGCUGCCUUCUCGCACACUCAGGUCAUUGAGUUGGAGAGGAAGUUCAGCCACCAGAAGUAUCUGUCAGCCCCCGAAAGGGCUCACCUGGCCAAGAACCUCAAGCUCACAGAGACCCAAGUGAAAAUAUGGUUCCAGAACAGACGCUAUAAGACCAAGAGGAAGCAGCUCACCUCGGACCUGGGGGACCUGGAGAAGCAUCCUUCCUUGCCAGCUCUGAAAGAGGAGGGCUUCUCUCGGGGCUCCCUCAUCUCCAUGCAUAGCACCUACCCUUACUACCCCUACCUUUACUGCUUGACAGGCUGGAGCCCAGCUUUCUGGUAAUGCCGGCUCAGACAGCCAUGUGGGAUCAAGAACUGCCUUCCCCAGGUGGCCCCUCUGGAAGGCAGUAGGGCCCAGGGUCAGGGAGGACCGGGCAGCAAGAGGCAUGCAGACCAAACCUCUUGGAGGUCUGCGUGGAAAUCCCAGAUUCUUUACUGGUGGGCCAAUGAAAGAUCUGGGACAGAGAAUGAUGUAAUAUCCAAAUAGUUCCCCCAACACAAAACAUAGGUCAUUUUUGCUUUUAGAGACCUUCUUCAAGUGGGGAGGGAUAAAGCCAAGUGCUGUGUUCAGCACUUUGGGUGAUUUUGUGGGAGCUGUCCUCAUCACUUCCGAGGAUUCUGUUCCUCCACCUCCAUCCUCUUGUGUAACUGAGCAUCCACUCCAAAAGAGCACAC